AUGUCUUCUUAUCCAGUUACUAACGGUGUGAUCACGUUUCUGCCGCCGCCGGAAGGAUAUGUCGUCGACUUUAACAAUCCUCAGCAGCAGGAUGCACUCAAACAUUUCCUUAUCUUCGGCAUCCUGGGCUCUCUAGCCAUCCUAAGUCUGUUGCAGAGACUAUAUGUAAAGUAUUACAUAACGCGAGGAUUGAAGAUUGACGAUGGGUCAAUAUCUAUCGGAGGCCUAUGUCAUCAUGCAUGGGAAAUGCCCAUCGACGUCUUCGAGAAGCACAUGCUGAGUUCUUACAUCGCCGCUCCAGCCUUCAUUAUCUGCAACGGCCUCACGAAAAGUUCGCUCCUGACUUUCUACCUUCAAGUAUCGCCGCAGAAAUGGUUCAGAAGAACGAUCUUUGUGACAAUCGCUUUCGUUGUUCUAUACACUAUUAUCAUCGCCAGUCUGCUGCUUUUCGGAUGCCAGCCAAGAGAGACAGCAUGGGAUCCCUACUUAUUCGCUACCGGAAAGUGUAUUGACUAUGCCGUCAUGUAUAUCAUCAUCGCUGUCGCCAAUAUCAUCUCAGACAUCGUUCUCUUCGCCAUUCCUAUGCCGAUGAUUGUCCGGUUGAAGAUUCCGCUAGGACAGAAGAUUGGCUUGGGCAUCAUGCUAAGCAUUGCUACCAUAACUGUCACAACGUCUAUCAUUCGCAUGAUCUAUCUACCCUCCCUCUUGGGAGCCUUAGACAUUCCAUGGAUCGCGGCGCCAGCAAACGUCUGGUCAUUCGUGGAAGUCAACCUUUUCAUCAUAUGCGGCUGCAUGCCGACAUUUCGCAAGUUCUUCAAACGCUUCGCACCGAAAUGGAUGGGCUCUUCAAGCGACGCAGCCUGCUCCGAGCCUCCUUCGAGCGAUUCGCUGCAGAAAUUACAGAGGAAGAAGCAUACAGGGUAUACCCAGUUCGAUACAUGUGGUUCUUUGGAACUUGCGACCUACCCUGAUACCGUGAGCCGAACGACGCAAGUUACGACCGGAAGUAUUUGCAGUGGAGUGAUGGGAAGCGCAUCGGAUAAUGCGAGCGAAGAGGCGAUAUUGCAGCAAAGCAAGAUUGUGUGCACAAAAACAUACAAUGUCUCACAUAGCGAAUAG